AUGGACAGCAAAAGAAUGGCUUUGUUGGUGGUGAUGAUGUUGGUGAUGGGGAACAUUUUGUUUGAGGCAGAGGGUAUGGCUUUUAUAGAUUGUUAUAAAGGCUGUUUUGUGAUGUGUGCUGCAUCUUCUAACGCAUUCAAGAAACUGUUCUGUCCUUUCUCGUGUAUCAAGGACUGUAAACAGCCUACUACACCUUCUGAGGCAAAUCUGAAUGACAUUGACCACACUGAUUAUUUUUGUAAUCUCGGAUGUGCCACUGAUCGUUGUGCUUCAUCCUCCUCGAUCCAUGAUAAGGAUCAUGCAGAGAAAGUUUCAGUAUGUGUGGAUUCAUGCUCAGAUAUAUGCUCCCGCAGGAACUAA